AUGCCCAGAUCCAAAGGAUACAAAGGGACCCACAUCCUCGGCUACUUUGUAUCCCUUCUCAUCUCCAAUGUCUUUCAAUCAUCCGGUACCGUCAUGAACGCCAGAUGGUUAUCAUUCAACAAUGUCUAUCAGACGGACUUUUGUGCUGCCCAAGGCGUCAUCAAACAAGCCGGAAAUGUUGGCCACGCCGUUUGGUCUCUUAGUAUUUCAAUUCAUUUGUUCAACAUCCUCUUCCUACGGCAGACAUCUAAUCGUGCUGCGUUUGUUGCUGUGCUGAUACUCGGGUGGGGACUCGUCAUUUGCAUUGUAAUCAUCGGCCCCACCACAAUACGAGCGUCGCAUCCGACUCAGUACCCAUAUUUCGGCAUUUCUGGCAGCUGGUGCUGGAUAACCAGCGCCUAUCCCCGGGAACAAAGAUUCCUUGAAUAUUUCUUUGAAUACAUCUCAGCGGGAACCUCCUUUAUUCUGUACACAGCGAUACUAUUCAGGGUCCGUGGCAACCUCAUAUUUGUUUCAGGGAGGCCCCGCCUUCGUUUCGUCCCCAGAGGGCAGAGCUGGAAACUCAGCAUUCUCCGAGACUUUAUUGACUCUUCUAUGUUGCGCGUUGUGCACCAAAUGGUCUGGCACCCGAUUGCUUAUAGCAUGCUCAUCGUCCCUAUAGGCCUCGCCCGCCUUUCCGAGUUUGCCGGGGCCCACGUCCCCGAAUGGGCGGUCCUCUCAACGGCGGUGAUAUUCAACUUGACAGGUAAGCUUCGUAAAGUCCUGCUCCUUGUCGCAACACGCCGCCUCUUCCCGGACACAAAGUCUCUUCCCGAGUUCAAGCCUCGAAAGACCAUUGACUUUUCUAUAUCCGCAUGGAACGGAAUAACUCCCUUUACGUUGACGCAAUGUACGGCAGCGUCAGCGCAACUCUGUCACUCUCCCCGAGACCCGUUCCCGCCUCCAGCUUGA